UUCUUGGCUCGUGUCAGUUCACGCUGAAGGUGAUCGCCAACAUGCUGGUGAGCCUGGAGCCGGAGGGGGAGGAGCAGGAGAAGUUCCGGGCAAACUUCAAGGUCAUCUCAUCUUCCUUCGCGUCCCUGCCUCUGAAGGCCCCAGGCACAGCCUUCCACCGCGGCCUCAAGGUUAUUCAGAGUUCAGAUCAGACAGACGCUACAGAUUUGAAACGUUUGCACGAUCAUAAUUCAAAAUGUGGAGCUUUUUUUUGGUCGAUUGUUGGGCAGGCGAGGAACCGGAUGUACGCGAUGCUGGACUCGGUGAUCUCUCGUCGGAGGGAGGGCGGCGAGGUCCGGAGCGACUUCCUGCAGACGCUGCUGCGGAAGCACGCCGGCGACGACGCCGACAAGCUGACGGACUCGCAGCUCAAGGACAACAUCCUGACGCUGCUGGUGGCCGGCCACGACACGACGACGGCGGGCCUGACGUGGCUCGUCAAGUUCCUGGGGGAGAACCCUGAGGUCCUGGAGAAGCUGCGGGUGAGCCUGAAACCUCCAUUACUAAUUCCAAGCGUUUAGGCUUUUGUGAUGUAGCUGGAUUGAGCAGCAUGGUUGGUAUCCUCCGUUGGCUGCAGGAAGAGCAUCUGGAGAUCAGGGAGAGGUUGAACGGCACGUCGCAUCUCAGGUGGUCGGACGUGAGCAACAUGCCUUACACCAACAAAGUGAUGAACGAGACCCUGAGGAGAGCAACCAUCCUGCCAUGGUUCUCAAGGAAAGCCGCGCAGGACUUCAGCAUCGACGGUCGGUACCACCUCCAUCCAUCAGUUUGAUUCUAGUAUAGCUGCGCUGCUGAUGGCACGAGAAUGGGCGCAGGGUACGACAUCAAGAAGGGGACGUCGGUGAACCUGGACGUGGUGUCCAUCCACCACGACCCCGCCGUCUUCGCCGACCCGGAGCGCUUCCACCCCGACAGAUUCGAUGUGAGUUUCCGGCCAUGGCUGAUGACCUACCUGUGCUUGUGAUUUCAUUUCCAUUCAACGUAUACUCCUAUGCAAAUAUGCAGCAAGCGGUGAAGCCCUACAGCUUCCUUGGGUUCGGGAGCGGGCCGCGGAUGUGCCCCGGGAUGAACCUGGCGCGCCUCGAGAUCUGCGUCUUCGUCCACCACCUCGUGUGCCGGUACACGUGGAAGCCGCUGGCGGACGACGACGCGGUGCAGCCGACGCUGGUGCGGAUGCCCAAGAACAAGUACCCAAUCAUCGCAACCGCGCUAUAAAAGAUGCCCAAGAACAAACCCAUGAGUUCCAACUUCAUUUCCACAUUUAUUGCAACUAAAGUAGGAUCCUUGUGCUGUGCCACACAUUUCCACAUUUAUUCCAACCAAAGUAGGACUCAACCUGUUCACUUCAGCUUAUCAGUCGGCUUAUCAGCAACCGAAUAGUAUUUUUCUCUCACAACAAA